AUGGCGGGCCUCGGGUUCGAGGAGACCGAGCUCCGGCUCGGCCUGCCAGGCGGCAGCAACGAGGCCGAGGAGGCGGCCGCCGCGGUGAGGAGCUCCGGCAAGAGGGGCUACGCCGAGACCAUCGACCUCGUGCUGAAGCUGGAGCCGGCGUCGGCGGCCGCGCCGCCGUCCGAGGACGGCGAGCAAGUGGCCGACGGCGUCGCGGAGGCGCAGCCGUCUCCGGCUGCUGCCGACGGGCAGUUGAAGCGGUCGCCGAGCCAGAGCAGCGUGGUCACCACCCCGCAGCCGGACGCGGACCCCGAGAAGCCGCGCGCGCCCAAGGCGCAGGCGGUGGGGUGGCCGCCGGUGCGGUCGUUCCGGAGGAACAUGCUGGCGGCGGCGGAGAGAGGGGGGGCGGCGCUGGUGAAGGUGAGCAUGGACGGCGCGCCCUACCUGCGCAAGGUGGACAUGGGCACCUACAAGAGCUACCAGGAGCUGUCCAAGGCCCUGGAGAAGAUGUUCAGCUCCUUCACCAUCGGCAACGACUGCUCUCAGGCUCAGGCUCAGGGGAUGACGGGCAUGAACGAGAGCAAGCUGGUGGACCUGCUCAGCGGCUCCGACUACGUGCCCACCUACGAGGACAAGGACGGCGACUGGAUGCUCGUCGGCGACGUCCCCUGGGAGAUGUUCGUGGCGUCGUGCAAGCGCCUCCGGAUAAUGAAGGGAUCAGAAGCCAUCGGCCUCGCGCCAAGGGCAAUGGAGAAAUGCAAGAGCAGGAGCUGA